AUGGCUUCAUUUUACGACGAGGUUGAAAUCGAGGACUUUGAGUUUGAUGAAGAUGAGGGCCGCUAUACUUAUCCUUGUCCAUGUGGAGACAAGUUUGAAAUCUACUUGGAUGAUUUAAGGGAUGGUGAUGAUGUCGCACGCUGCCCUUCUUGUUCUUUAAUCAUUAGAGUUGUUUACGAUCCGGAUGAGUUUGCUGAUGAAGAAGACGAGGAAACCACCUUUGAAAUUAAUCAGGCCAUAUUAGUUUGA